GUGUUUAAAUGAAUAAGUUGAUUGAUGUCAUUGUUCUGGACUGUUAUUUGUGAAUUAGCUGAAAUCCAAUCCAUGGCAACAUCAAAGAAAGUAAUUACGAGAGAAGAGUGGGAGAAAAAGCUCAAUGAUGUAAAAAUUAGAAAAGAAGAUAUGAAUAGAUUAGUGAUGAACUUUUUAGUCACAGAGGGUUAUGUAGAAGCAGCAGAAAAGUUCAGAAAGGAAUCUGGAACAGAUCCUGAUAUUGAUCUUGCUACUAUCACUGAUCGAAUGGCGGUUAAAAAGGCUGUACAGGCUGGUAAUGUAGAGGAUGCAAUUGAGAAGGUUAAUGAUUUGAAUCCUGAGAUACUGGAUACAAACCCCCAGCUCUUUUUCCACCUCCAGCAACAAAGGCUGAUAGAGUUGAUAAGGAAUGGAAAGGUUGAGGAGGCUUUGGAGUUUGCUCAAGAGGAGCUAGCUCCAAGGGGAGAGGAAAAUCAAAGUUUCUUAGAAGAAUUAGAGAAGACUGUUGCACUAUUGGCCUUUGAAGAUGUAUCCAACUGUCCAAUUGGAGAGCUUCUAGAUGUAUCGCAGCGGCUAAAGACCGCAAGCGAGGUCAAUGCUGCAAUCCUCACCAGCCAAAGCCAUGAAAAGGAUCCAAAGCUACCAAGCCUAUUGAAGAUGUUAAUAUGGGCACAAAAUCAGCUUGGUGAAAAAGCCAUUUAUCCGCGCAUAAAUGAUCUAUCGACUGCUACACUGGAAGAUCCUGCUGUUUGAAGGAUGACUGUAUGUUCCUUGAUACAUGAUCCACAACUUGCUUGUAUCGCACUUUUACUGAAAAUUGCUUGAAGAUGAUGUAUCUUUCUUCUUUUAAUAUAACUAUAGCUGCUUGUUACUAGGAGAUUCAUUUUUAUUAUAUUAUGGUUUCUCAAAUUGAUGUUAGCCUGGUAGAUUGACGUGUCUGUUUAUCAAUCGAUGUACAUGAACAUGGUUUGUACUUGCUUAUCGUACAAGGUUUCAUAAAUUGAUUUGUGCUUUUCAUAAUCAUAA